AGUAAAGCGGAGGAGCUUGGUCCAAACCCGCACUGCCUCGCUGUGUCUUUGGGCAGAGGAUUUUCUCUCUUGUCCUCCGCAUUGCUCAGCGAAGGCCAUUGGCAGAUGCGAUGCGAGGGCUCUCGGUGAAUUGGGUCGUACUGAGAUCAGAAAGCCGUCGCUGUUAACCGAUUGUGUCCCUGUGUCAUCUCAGCCUGGGGUUCGUUCAUUGGGGUCCGACUCACGCCUUGCAGAUUCACUCAUUGUGGAUCUCGAUUCUCGAUUACCAGGAGACGUAGAGUAUGAGACGCGUAACACGGCCAUCACCAUCGGCGUCAGGGACCCUGUCAGCUCUCUACCCUUUCCUGGCCCUCCUUGCGGCAAGCAGCACCAUGGCGAUGGCGGGCAUCGCGCCAGCGCAACCAGCUGUCAACUCGGCCGCCUUCCUCUCCGUCCCAACCCCAACUCCCAUCGUGAUGACCUUGGAGCCAAUUCGGGUCCUCGACGCCCGCGCCCCGCAGCCCAGCACCGUCUCCCUGGCCGGCUACUCGGCGGUCGGCUGCUUCCAACACGGCAGCAAUCACAUCCUGACCAUCACAUCGCUGACCGACACCGGCAUGACGCCGCAGUUGUGCCGCAACUUCUGCUCGGUCGAAUCGGCCUCCAUAUUCGGGGUCGAGUGGGGUAUGAGGUGCUACUGCGGCAAUGAGCUCGAGCCCUUUGCUGCUCGGGCUCCCGACGACGAGUGUACCGCGUCAUGUUACGGCGCUACUAGCUACGUCUGUGGUGCGAGAAGUCGGAUGAAUCUCUAUGCCCACACCGACAUUCAUAUCUCUGGUGGCACUUCCGCAACCGCGACCGGCGACAGCAACACUCCUCCGAGUCCUACAGCCGGUUCCAGUUCGGGAUCUAGCAGUGACGACGGCAGUAUAGACGAGGAUGGGAACGACGCCGCCGCCGGACCCGACCCCGGCACCGACCCCAGUGUCAGUCCCGACACAAGCGCGGGCACGUCGCCCGGUCAUGACGAAGACGAGCCACCCACCACUUCCGCCCCAGGAGGGGCCAACCUCUCGGUGGGAGCCGUGGUCGGCAUUGCCAUUGGUGCCGCAGCGAUAUCCGGUUCCAUCACCGCCGCCGUCAUGUUCUUCUUCUGCCGCCGACGCGGAUUCCGCAAUAAAAACGCUGCCGUCUCUUACCCGGCUGCCAGUUCGUCUGGAGGUCCUAUGGCCGGGUCCUCUCCCGAGCUGGAGUACGCCCAGGUGACGACGACGCAGUCUGGGAGGCCGCGGGAUCAUCGGCCGUCAAUGGCGAUGCCGUAUUCGCCGCAGAGCCGCACUCAUGAGUUGGGCCAUGAAACCUACGAGAUGCCGGGUAACAGGUGGCAGGACGAGACGAGAGUGACCGAUAUCGGGAAUUAUAAAGAGGCGUAGUCGAAGAGUUGAAGAGCGCAGGGAUAAGGAGGAGGGCUGAAUUCCCGUGUUGUUCACGAUUUUACGGAAUCAUCAUCUGCGUAAACCGUGCCGCCCAGCGCUGCAUCUUGUAGAGACGUCAUGCAGACC